UCUUUGUGUGUUUGCUGGGGGUGCAAUAGUAGCGUACAUAUUGUCAAUAAGAGAAGCAUACAUAUGUCUGGAUUUAAAUAAACGUUCCUGAAUGUGAAAGAGCAGCGUUGUCCUCCCCAGCUUCAGAGUCCAUCGAGAAACUACGAUUUUGUAAUGGAGUCCUGCAAAGUGGUGGAAAAUAUCUACCUGCUGGUCAUCGUCACGCUCAUCAGUGUUCUUCAGAAUGUGUUUUUUGCUCAAAAGGUUGAGAGGGAAUGCAAGAACCGCAACAUGAGCACGUCUGCUUUUGAGCGAGUGUCUUGUGCAAACCGGAACUGCAUGGACGCCUACCCCACUUUUCUGGCAGUGAUGUGGUGUGCAGGAGUUUGUCUCAGUCAAGCCCCUGCAGCCUUCGCCGGGAUCAUCUACCUUCUUGUCAGACAGAAGUAUUUCAUUGGAUAUCUGGGACAGAGCUCUCAAAGCACUCCUGGAUACCUGUUUGGAAAACGCAUCAUCUCCUUCCUGUCCUUGAUGUGCAUUGUGGGCGUCUUCAACUACCUGCUGUGGCGCUAUUAUGGCAGCGACUACAAGGAAUACGUAGAAACCAUCACAAAUGCUGCAUCUGCUCUCCUGCUCCUCCCAUAGCUCAGCAUGUCACAUAUAGGGAGGAACAUAAGUACUGAACAUGUCAGUGUUUUUAGCAGUGAAUAUCUCUUAUCGCUAAUAAUGGGGCUAUUGACAUGUAACACAGAUAAUUCACACAUAUGCAUAAUACAAAAAAUAAGUCUAUAAUUUCAGCUAGUUGUAAUAAAGCUUAAUGGCACAGGGAAUAGCAAUUGAACACAACAAAAAUUAGCUUAAAAGAAGGCAUAGACAGCUAAGAACGCUGCAGAAAUCUGUCAGCACUUAAAAAGCAACACUACUCCCUAUCAGCAACAAAUAACUGGUUUAAUCCCUAUUAAAACACAUAAAAGAGAUUACUUCCAGCCUGCAAGAAGUGGGAAUCAAGAAUUACAACCUCAAUGUUCCAGAACCUACUGAACGAAUUAAUCACAGAUGUGUUUCUAAACUGCUGAAUGUUCCAGUAAACAUAGAUUACCGGAACAACCUUGGGGUGGAAAGAAUUUUACCAUAAACCAGCCACAACUAAGUACUCGUCACAAGAUUUUCAGCAGAAUAGUUAAAAUAAUCUGGAAAGUUGUCCAAGAGUUAACGACCACCAAACACUAGCUGGCACUAGUUGGUCCUGUUGGUCCAUGAGAACAGACAGCAAUUUGGUGGAGACAUUUUUCUCCACAUCACUAAAACAGAACUGUAAGAUUUGAUGAUGGGAACAUAUAUAAAUCAAAUUAGGGUGGAUUUUAGCUAAUGGUCUCAGAAAACAAAUGAAACAGCUAAUUGAAUGGGCUAAACUAGAAUUAAGCUGAACAGGCAGAAAUGGAGAUCAGGGUUCACAGAAGUUCAAAUUCCUCCUAACCAAUGUAAGGUACUAGUUUCUAUAAAGGGAUAAACUGUCAAAUAUUUUUUUAGCUCUUGAUUUAUUUCUCCAAGUAGUUUUAAUAAUCCCUCCAUAUUGUUCCACUUUAAAUUGUCAUGUUGAUUUCUAAGUAGUACUACUUGGGUUAUUACGAACAUCUGUGAAGUUCAUGUCAAUAGCUUCAUUACUUAAGUUCAAUGCUUUAUUCAUAUCCCACAUUCAAGCUACAAGUCACAGAAUUAAAAGGCUUUAAUCACA